AUGGGCGAACCUCAAACUGAAACAGCAACUUCAAAAGAAAACCAAUUUCUUAUCAGCAGAAAUAAAAUGGUGACGUCGACAGAAGAUGGACUACGAGGCUAUCUUUGGAGCAGUAGGACCCAUCCCGAUGAAACUGAAAAUAGCGCCUCUGCUACUUUGGAAGUAGGCAUUCGGCUUUGAUGCCUGCUGAAGAGGGAGUUUUGCUUCUCCCCAAAGGUUUUCCCUGCCCCUGCCAGAUGGGCUAGACAGCUUUUUGCCUACCACAUGAUCUUUCCUUAUCGGGACCUACCUGAUAUCUUCCAGACGAUGGCUCUAUCUUAGGGAGUUGAUCUCUUGAAGAGGUGGUUCAUGUUGGAAAUCUAAAAAGACGGCCUUCAAUUUCUCUUUUAAACUCCGAGGCAUAUGGAGACUGGUUUUUUGGAGCCAAGAGACAAGGCAAGAGACGGGUAGUUAAUAACACUAUAGCAUUUUAACUUAAUUAACUUAUCAGCGAUCUCAAAGCUUUGCUAGCUUAGUUAAGUUUUUGAGCUGCUUUUAGCGAGGCCAUAGGUCUUUAUCUCAUCUUUGUCUGGCCAUUUCACGCUGUCUGCUUUCAUCUCGCACCUCCUAAUAUAGCUACACGACUACUAAAGUCGGUGGCACAUGAAUGGUCCUUGCUGCAGAUUUGUAGUUUACUCAUUAAUUGCUCUAGCCUAAACUGAUUCUACUCAAUCGCUUUGUCAUGACCUUCAGCUAGACACCAGUGACAAGGGAAAAAGCCCCUCUUGAAGAGAUAAAAUGCCCCCUGAAGAGGGAGCAGAUGCCAAGUGACGUUUUUAAGUCAUUGAAGUUCACAAAUGCACCAGAUCUACACCCUAAAGCCAUUCUUUCUUCCUUAAGGUCUUCUAUAAGAUCAAAAGGCCUGCAGAAAUUAAAAGGCAGAGUUUACUCACCAUUACAUUUUAAUGUAUAAUGAUCUCAAAGCAAUUCUAGAGAAAGCUCCAGAAUCACGAACAGAUGACGAUAUCUCCAAAAUCAUGUCAUUCACUGAAAAUGUCAAAUUUUUCAAAUCAUUAACUGAUGAAUCCUCAAAUAUUAUACAUAAAGAAUGCUGCAUCUAUAUGACUUAUGAGUUUUUCUCUACUGAUGAAUAUGUAUUUCACCAAGGAGAAAGAGGAAACAAAUUCUAUGUCCUUCUAUUUGGCAGCAUUGGUGUACAAAUUCCUAUCAUGAACCAAAAAAUAAAAUGGUGAUGCAAAAGUAGACUCCGAGGCACACUCACUAUGAUGCAGGUAGUACCUGUGCUGAUGAAGCUGAAAAUAGUGCCUCUGUCAUUUUUUGGAGUAAGCCUUCGGGAGGUCUUUCCGAAGUUUCUCCCCUGAAGGUUUUCCCCUGUCCUUGCAUGGGCUAGACAAUUUUACCUUCGCUUAGUCUUUGCUUAUCAGUACAAGCAGGGGCAUCCACAAGAGUUGGCUCUAACUGAGAGAGCUAAUCCUUGAGUUAGAUAGGUUUACUUCCAUAUAGGCAGGCUAGCGGUCUAUCCACUUAUGGCCUUAACUUAAUCUAUCAUGAACCAAGAAACUCAAGAAAUCCAGCUUCAAGAAGUCCUUAUAUUAAGGGAUGGGGCAAGCUUUGGAGAACUUGCACUUUUAGAAAAAAAGCCAAGGGCUGCCUCAAUACAAUGCAAAGAGCCCUCACAUUUUGCAGUGCUUGACAAGCCAAAUUAUCAAAGAAUUUUAUCUAAAUUAAUGAAUGAUAAAAAACAAGAUAUCGUGAAUUAUUUACAGAAUUUGCCAAUAUUUCAGAAGUGGACAAAAGGAUCUUUGACGAAAUUAAGCUUUUUUUUUGAAGAAAAAUACUUUUACAGGAAACAUAUCAUGUAUAAAGAAGGAGAUGAAGCCAAAGAAGUCUAUUUAAUAAAAGAAGGAGAAUUUCAGUUCAUCAAGAAAAUUCCAAUAGACCAUGAUUUUUCUAAUCAAAAAAAACUAACAAAGGUUUUAUAGAAGACUUUGCUUAUUUCCAAAUAAAAAAUUUCUCUUAAAUUUAUAUAUAUUUUAUAUUGAUUUUCUCUAUUUAAUAUAGCAUAUUAUAGUUCCUAAAAAAUCUAUUUCUCAUCGUGCCGAAGUUGCAAUACUCGGUAAAGGCGAAUUUUUCGGCGAAGAAGAAGUAAUUAAUGAAACCAAAAGAACUACAACCUGCAUUUGUUAUUCUCAGCAAGCAAUAGUGCUUGCUAUCUCUGCAUCAGAUUUUGUAAAACGAAUCACAAGUGAGGAUUCAUGGAAAAUUAUAAAGCAUAAAAAUGAUAUCAAAAAUGGCUACAGAAGCAAACAAAUCCAAAGCAUCACUGAAGAAGUCACACAGUUUGCCAACUCGCCUAAGAAAAUUGAAGAAAAAAUAUCAGAAAGUCCAGCCAAAGAAGAAGUUCCUUCAUUAUCAUUAGGAGCGAACUUUACAAGAAUUUAUGAUCAUGUGAGAAACUCGUAUUUGUUUAAAACUACUGAAAGGGAGCUUAUACAAAGACAGAGGACGCUUUCUCCUAUAAAAAGUGAGCCUAAAGAUUUAAAGAUAAAUUUGCAGAAAACUGAAAAUUUUGCAAGGCCUGAAAGCUCGCUGUCUAAUACAUACAGAGCUCUUUCCAGUCAAAGGAAUAGGAGUAAUACAGAUUUUUCAAGUUUUAACCUACAAUAGGUAAAAAUACAAUAAUUUAUUAUGAAAAUAUUAAUUUUUCAUUCGAAUAAUAUUGCAUCACUUAUUGAAAAUUAGUAUAAUUUUAGAAAGGAAAUCAGUAUCCAGGAUCAAAAGAAGGGACACAAUUUCUCCUCAGGACCAAGACUUUUCUGAUACUUUUCAAUACGAAGCAGUUACUGAUGUAACAUUUCAUAAGCUCGUCCCACCUCCUUCUCCAAUUAAAAAUCAGUCUCCGCCUUCUCGAAUGAAAUUAAGAAGACGAAUAGCUGAAAACUCUGUAAGUGUUUUUUCUAUAAACUCAUUUCCAGUAUAUAGCACGCUCUGAGACGCUCCAAAAGUCCAUUGCAAUAGAAGGAUCAGCAGGAAUAUUCAUGUGGCGAAUAGAGUGAGGCCAAUUCAUAGGACUCUUUCUCAUAUAUGAAGAUAG